AGGAGGGAGAAGACUUUACAGCCGCGACAAGUGGUGACUGUUUGUUUAGCAGAUGGAGAAGGAGCCAUUCGCAAUGCUUCCGCGCGGCUUUUGGAAACGCUGCGACUCCGGGUGCGAGUGACUCCAAAGCGUGACGUUUCACGCGGAAACACCGACAUGCCUGGCAUCUUCGCCAAGCACAGGUUGGGCGACAUCUUGCUACGCCGGGGUCAUGCUGCAGAGGCAGAACCCUUGCUGCGGGACUUGCUUGCCAGUUGCGAGGAACAGCUGGGCGAGAAGCAUCCAAGGAGCCUCAGUGCCAUGCACCUUUUGGCUUUGGCCACAAAGACCACAUCGACCUCUGAGGCGAAGAAAAUGCUUCGCAAAGGAGCGCGUGAUGCACGGAAAUUGGGCCUCACUCAACAAGCACUUGGUUUCAUGCGGGAUCUGGGUCUUUUGCUGCAAGGUCAGGGUGAGUUCUUGGAGGCCGAGGAACUUUUCAAACGGGUUCUGCGAGGUCAUGAGGAGUUGUUGGGCAGUUCUCAUCCGGAGACGAUGAAGACCUUGGGCAUCCUGGCCGAGUUGCUUCAGGAGCAGGGGGAGGCUAUGGAGGCUGAGAAGAUCUACUGCCACGCGCUGAAUAAGAGCGAGGAGUUGCUUGGAGCGUGGCAUCCGUGGACCUCCAACUGUGGGCAUCACUUGGGGUGUUUACUCCAAAGGAGGGGCAAACUCUUCAAGGCGGGUGAACGCUUUCGUCAAGCCUUGGCGGGUCAAGAGGAGCAACUGGGCUGCGUUCACCCCGAGACCCUGGCGACAGCAUCGCACUUGGCCAAGGUGCUGCAGGACCAAGGUCGUUUGUCAGAGGCUGAAGACUUCUUUCGUCGAGCGAUGCAGGGACGCGAGGAGUUGGGCGCGGUGCAAGCUGUUGAUGCAACCCACGAUCUGGCCACGUUCUUCCGCAGUGUGGGCAAAUUGGCCAAAGCCAACAGCAUCGUUGAUAAGUUGGCAAGUCAGCUUCAAGACGCGGUUUGGACGGCCUUCACUGGUCAAGUGGGGGAUCCCGGGACGAGCAUUGCCUUCUUGGCGGCGUUGCCAGCAUUCAUCGUGUCGCAGGCCUGCUCGGCCGCCCAGUUUCCUGAUGGCACGAUGUUCAACCCUAUCAAUGCCAUGCAAGUGGGGCUGGUGUGGCGAGUCUGCCGCAAAGCUAUGUUCAUCAAGAACGGAGGUGCAGAAGAAGACUUCAUCGACAUAGAGCCUCGGAACGAUCCUGGCUCUUCAUCUCAGGGACAUCCUGCAGUAACCGAAGGGACUACAAAAGCGACGGGAGUGAAGGAGCAUGUCCUCAAGAUGGCUUCCCUUGUGGACCAGUCAGAUGAGUCCGAGUUGAUACCAGCGGCCCCGGACAAGGUGCAGGAGUGGAUACAACGCUACAUCACCACCAUGGGGUCCCCCCCGGAAGAGGAGGAAGAGGCGACCGAUGCUCAGCUUGCAGCAUUGUACAAACGUACAGUGGUGCUCAAGCAGGCUCCUUACUGUGACUUCAGCGUGUGGACGCCGUUCGGAAGGAGGGCACUGAGGAGCCAGAAGUUUCGCACGUUUGUGCCCUUGGGGGAUGGCAGCUUCUUAGCCAAAGAACUCCCUGGACCUCAGAAUCUACAACAGUGGAUGGCGUCUUGGAGGGUGUUCAAGGUCGCUGCAAUAUCCCUGGGCAUCAUCUCCUUGGCGUCCCUCCAGCAGUACGAGAAGACGGUGGAGAGGUUGACAUUGCACUGGCCUCAAGCUUGGGGGCUGAUAGCCUUGGCGGACGACAAGGCUAGGGCGGAGCGCUUGGAGAAGAUCCGUCGUGGACUUGUUGCAGACCAUGGAUCGGGGAGAGACUUGCCACCGGGUUGGAAUCCUGAUAGCCCUUGGUCCGUGUGCUUCUCCCUCCUGGCCAAGGAUGACACCUUCUGGUCGGAACAGGUGAGGCACCCCGCUUCAGCAUGGCUGGCUGCCGGAGGUCGUGGAGCUCUACUGGCACCAGCAGAGACUAUCGCUUCUACCCAUCUUGCAGGCGGUGGUGAGGCUCUCAACGCUCCAAAGGAGGACACAGACAAGAGGCGCCAAGCCAACCGCGACAAAAGAGCGGCCCGCAAGAGAAGAUGGGCUGAGGACAGGGAGGAGCUGUCCAAGCUGAAGGCGCAGAAGGAAAGUCAUGGACGUGCUGGAGGCAAAGGCACAGGUAAGGGCAAGGCCAAGGACAAAGCAGGGGCAGAGAUCUGCUUUAGUUGGGCCCAGGGAAAAGGGGCCUGUGCAGACGAAACCGGUGAGACUCUGAACAUCUUAAACGAAGGGUGUCAACGGCCCAAGCGACGUGGGGCCAUGGAGCCUGGUGAGGAGGCCGACUGGGACCCUGACGACACCAGCGUCAUUGAGGGCGAGUGGAACCCGGAGGCGCUCAGACUUUUGAAGAGCGACCCGGACUUCGCGCAGUACAAGAAGGACCGAGUCUUCAAGUUCAUCCACCUCUUUUCUGGGCCCAGGGACGUACUGAAGGAGGCGCUGGAACAAGAGGCCAAGAAGGAAGGGGUACAGAUCAAGGUCGCCUCGUAUGACAAGUUGGGGACCGGCGGACAUGACCUUGCUGCAGACGAACCCUUCCUGACCAUCGUGGGGGAGGCCGACACCACUGACGGAUACCACAGUGGGUAUCCAUGCGGCUCCUUCUCCAUGGUGAGGAGCAAAGAAGGUGGACCCCCACCAGUGCGGUCGAGGGAAUGGCCGUAUGGGCUGCCCUCCAAUGAUGCAGCUCAGCAGAGGGAGGCCGACACCGGCACUGUGUUGGCAGUGCGAUCCACCAUCAUAGCCGCCAAGGUGUUGGACAGUCAACGCAGGCGCAAGGUGGGGGAGGUGGCCACCUUAGAAAACCCUCCGGGGUCAGAGUCAGGCCCAGACCUGCCAUCUUGGGAGCUUGCCGAGCUGCAGGAGUUCCUGAAGAAGUACGAGGCGCAGGUGGCCAACUUCAACAGCUGCAUCCACAUGGAAGGGAAGCAGCGGUGGUGGAAGCCGGCAAGAUGGGCCGGGAGACUGCAGGGCCUAGAGAGCCUGAGCGGCAAAUGCCAGUGCCCUUCAUGGGUGUCUCACAUCACCCUGCUGGGCAAGUCCAGGACAUCGGCGGCGGCUGAGUACCCCAUGCCCUUGGCCAAGAAGUAUGCGGCCAUGGUCAUCAAGGUCUUCAAGCAGAAUUUGCAGCUGGAGUUCUGGAGGUACAAAUGCCAGACAAAGGCGAUGGAGCUCAGCCAGCUGCAGAAGAACUGGGUCAGAAGCCGUGAAGCCAAGACCCCAUCUCCGGUCGAGGACAACAUGCAGGUGGUCGGUUCGAAGAGAGCCUGGCAGGCGGGAGAUGUGGCCAAAGACCUGGGGCCCUCACAGCUUCAGGUUUCCAAGAAAGCCAAGAAGGAGAAGGAGAACGACUUCUUCUUGGGAGGGAUGAGGAACCCAGACCUGGCCGUGAAGAAGAUGCACAUGGUGCGCACAGUGGGGGCUGACAUAAGCCGGGCAUGGAAGCACUUCCUGGCGCAGCACCCCAAGGCGAUCGAGAUAGCCGAGAACUAUGGGGGCGGAAACUGCGCUCCAGACACGGAGGUGGGAGAAGCGUGGACGAGAACUCUGGAGAAGCUCCUCAAGGCGAAGGACUUUGACGACAUCGUCAUGAAGGCGCCGCCCAUGGACUUGAUGCGGGACACGCGCAACUACGCCAGCUUCUAUGACCUGAUUGAAGCGGCGGAAGAAGAGCUGGGGCGAUACGUGCAGAAAGGCUUCGCCGUCAUCAAGGACAAGAAGUGGAUCACAGAGAGCUUCGGGUCCGGCACGAUCAGCAAGAUGGCCCUCAUCCAGAAGACAAAGGACGACGGCCGGGUGAAGAAUCGCGUGGUGGUGGACUUGCUGCGAAGUGGCGGUAACGCCAGGGCAAAUGUGCCGGAGAGGCUGGUGCUUCCGCGGGUCAUUGACGUGUUGGAGGGGGCCAGACGUCUGAACUCCAACUCCGAGGAGUACAUCAAGGCUGCAAAGAGGGAAGGCUGGAUGCCAGACAAUGAGGCGGAGAUGUACGAAUGGGAGCUGGUGGGGGCUGAUUUACAAGAUGCAUUUUGUCACUUUCCCGUGUCCAAGAUGGAGGUGUCCAACUGCAUCUGCCCCGGAGUCAGGCCGGACGAGUUCGUGAUGUACACCGCCCUCCUCUUUGGUUUCAAAGCGGCCCCCCUCCUGAUGGCCAGACUGUCAGCCAUGAUCUCCAGGUUUCUCCAGAGCCUGUUCCUGAGGGGAGAGGGCGUCGUGCAGACCUACAUGGAUGACCCCCUCUUCAUCCUGGCGGGGCCGACGGCGAGGAGGAACAGAACAUUGGCCCUGAUCCUGUACUCGCUCUACGCGAUGGGCGUGAACAUUGCCUAUGCCAAGGGAGAAAGGGGCCUCCGAGUCAAUUGGAUCGGAGUUAGCUUUGAGCUGGACCUCCCGAGGGAGCACAUGAAGCUGACCAUCUCCCAGCGCAUGGUGAAGGAGCUCCUGACCAAGAUGAAGGACUGGGAAGGAGCCGGCAUGAUAGGGCUCAAAGAGCUGAGGGCCACGACAGGAAAGCUGUCUUGGGUGGCCGGCAUACUGCCGCGCAUGCGUUGGGCAGUGAGCAUCAUGUACGCGGUGGUGGCAGCGGCCGAGCGAGAUGCCAAGUCAGGGGCCGAGGAGGAGAGAGCAGCGAAGAGGUCAGGAGACAACCGGCCCAAACCGGAUCUGGUGGCGGUCUCCCGCUUCGAGCUACCCCGGGCCUGGCUCAUGAAGUUGCUCUCCCAAGCCGACCACUUGCUGCUGCGGUCGGAACCGCUGUACCCGGUGAUGCCGGACCUGGCCAUUGUCACGGACGCUUCACCGCAAGGCAUAGGAGCUGUGCUGUGCCGCGUGGACAUCUCGAAGAACCAGAUCUUUCCGUGGGCUGCGCUGGAGAUUGCCCUCAGGCAGGAGGACGCUGAGUGGCUGGGCGUGCCUUGGAAGGAGGCGGCAUCCCAGGGGGCACUUGAGGCCUGGGCCGUCUUGUUGGCCGUGCGAUUCUGGAAAACGCGGCUGGUUCAGAUGCCCUUGCUGCUGAAGUCAGACAGCACGGUGGCGUUGGCGAUGACGGCCAAGCUCAGCAGUCCGUCCCCGGUGAUCAACUGGAUCGGGGCGGAGCUUGCAAUCAAAUUGGAAGUGCUGGGCAUCCCCAAGAUGGUGGGACAUCACAUCCCUGGGCAGCUCAACGUCGAGGCAGACUGGCUGUCACGACCUCAUGACCGUCCUGCAGAAGUUCCAGCCAGGCUGCAAGGGGUGAAGAUUCACCACUUUGACGGAGACGCCCGAAGGCGUUCUGAGCUUCCGCCGCCCGGUGUGUUUCCAAAGCUGUGGGGUGUGACGACCGAUUCCACCCUACGAGCUUUUGAAGACUUGUGA